GUAUUUCGAGCUUGAAGCAUACACAUAACCUUAAUAAUUAUUAACAAUACCGUCUUUAUUUUCUCUUCGAACGUUCUAUAUCCUUCUUCCAUAUAACAUUUAAUGUAAUACGUCGAGUAUUUACGUAUUUAACGGACACAUGACUCAUAUAUGGGGGUUUUUUAUACAAAAUUUACGUCAUACUCCUUUGCGCGACAGUUUUAUCUCUUCCUUCCCCCUCCACUCUCCUUUAUAGACCCACUCUUACAAAAUAUGCGGUGCGCGCGCAUGCACAUGCACGAGAAAGAGAGAGAGAGAGGGAGAGUUUGUCAGUUUUUCAUGCGUAAUUAUUCUCUAUCAAACGUGUAUAAAUGAAACAGAGAAAGGGAAAUCUCUAGUCUAAUAGUUUUAAUUUAUAUAUAUUUAUAUAUAUAUAUGUGUGUGCGUGUGUAUGAAUAUAUAUACUCCGUAGUGUACGUGUAUAUGUUCGAUAUCAGUGAACUAAUUGUGUAAAAUGAACCGCGAAUUUUAGUUUUCCUUUUUUUAUAUAUACGUGUAUAUAUUUUUUUUCUUUUUUUAUAAACAAGAAGUUAUGUUCCAUUGAAAAUGGAAAGUGAACAGCAUCAUUAUGAAUUACGGAGUAGAAGUAGAUCUCGUUCUCAUACACCAUUGGUUUUAAAUCGUGUCAUAUUGGACACCGAACAAGCGGAACAUCAUUAUGACUUGAGAAGUAAGAGUAGAGAACGAUCGCAUACUCCCGCAGACGUUACAAACGCUAGAAGAUCCGGUAGUAGAUCGAUGCCUGGUAGUGCCAGCAAAACGCGCGAUCAAAAUAUGCAGGCGAUAAUUGAAAACGAACAAGAACCUAUAUCGGAAAUUACAUCUGAAAGUCAAAGUAAACAAUCUGAUAGUUCUGUGUCUGUGACAUCUAAAAAGUUAGAACGACGGUCUGAACGUCAGAGAGCUAAACGACAAAUAUUUGUUAAUGGACAAGAUGACACCAAAGAAGAAACAAGCUAUAAUUUGCCAGAACAAGUACGUAAAAGUGUGACGCCACAUAGAGUACUCACAAGCGAUUAUUCUUCGGAAGAAGGAGAAAGAGAAGAUUUGCCAAGUAGACCGGGAUCUGCCUAUGAAAUAUAUAAACAAGCUGGAGAAUGGUGGAACAAAUUUCCAAAAACAGAUUAUACGUAUUCACAAAAGUCACAAUGUCGUUAUGAGAUAGCGCCAGGUAUACUUGCGAUGCCUAAUAUGUCCAGACGUUCAAUACAUUCAGAUGGCAGUAAUAAUAUCGGUAGUACAGUAUCAACCAAUCAGGAAAGUUUGAGGCAAUCGUCUUUAGCUACAUCUGAAAGUGGAUUAGGUGACACUGUAGAUUCUUCUGGUCUUAAAGAUACAAUUGAUCAAAACCUCAUAACUAUAGGUGAUUUAUCUGCUUCAUCGCACACCAGUGUUUCUAAUUUUGCAACGAGAUCAACAAUGUUCAAAAAAACACAUAUCGAACAAUACACGAUGCAUAGAGAAGUAAUUUAUACAAAACCUGUAGAUUCUUUAAAUGUCCGACAAAGGUACCCUUUAUGGGGGAAGACGUCUGUAGAUUAUGAUGAUACUCAUAAAUACGAUUCUGAUACAGAGUUAAAUGAAAUCAUGCCUUCAACCUCAAUUAAAAAUACUCAAAGAUGGAAGGUCACGCAACAAUUUUUAAGAUUUAAUACACUUAUUGUAGCUUGGUUUCUUAAGUCGCUUGAAUUUCUCAAACUUAGAACGUCCAGAAAAAGAGAAUAUUAUACUCAUCAUGAACGGAUUCGUUAUAAUGAAUCAUAUUGGAGCAAACCAUGGUGGUUUAUCGCGCGGUCUAUUUACUUAGUUUUAAUCAAACUACUUUGGUUUGAUUGUUGGAUAUUGAGCAGAUUUUCAGGUAUAAGGAAACGUAUAUUUGGAUCCAAAGUUGCAUGGAUUUCCAUAAUUCCAUUACUUCUUUUGGCUGGUUAUUGGAGUAUGCCAUACGUUCAAUCAUUCCUUUCUACUUUCGAAGUUCAAACGGCAAGUAACAAUGAAAUAAAUACAAUAUUAGAAAAUGUACAAAGGCUAACGCAAAAAAGUGCACAAAAUGAUGAGUAUUCGUCUAGCGACUAUAAUUUAAAUGUAAUAAUCAAUAGAUUAAACAACAGAAUUACUGAACUGGAAGAGAAGGAUUCUUAUCAAACUGAGUACCUAAUAAACAUUAGUCAGAUGUUGCAAAAUCCAAAGGAAAAUGAAAUCGAUGUUUGGCAAAAAGUUAACGGAAAAAUAAUGGAUAUAGAAGAUAGACUAAAUAAUCUUAAAACCGAUACGAGUAACGUAGUUGUGGAACUUCAAACUUUGCGUGAGCUUUAUUCGCAGUUGAAAAUUUGUUGUGAUACAAAUAAACAGCUUCUUGUACCUGAAACUUUACGCAAAGAGAUUGAUAAUAUCUUAGGAGAAUAUUUGGGAAGUAUUGUCUCUAAAAAGGAUUUAUCCGUGAUCAUUGAAAAAUUAAAAAAAAUACCUAUGGAUAGAGAUGAUUCGAUUGGUGCUAAUUAUGUCAUUAAAGAAGAUGGUGCGUUGGAUGAGAAAAUUCUCAAAAUAAUAAAUGAUAGAUUAAAGAUAUACGAUGCAGAUAAAACCGGACGUGUAGAUUAUGCUUUGGAGACGGCAGGAGGAGAAAUUAUUAGUACACGAUGUACUCAAACAUAUGGCGUAAAAUCAAGGGUUUUAAAACUUUUAGGUCUUACAAUUUAUUCUGAAAAUAACAAUCCUCGAACAGUGAUACAAAGAAAUCCGAUACAACCUGGUGCUUGUUGGCCUUUUCAAGGUUUCCCAGGAUACUUGUUGAUAAAACUGCGAAACUUUAUUUAUGUAACUGGCUUUACUAUUGAGCAUGUAGCUAAAUCUAUAUUACCGAGUGAAAAAAUGGAAAGUGCACCACGUAAAUUCAAUGUUUGGGGUUUAAUCGAUCAAAAUGAUCCCGAACCAGUUAUGUUUGGUGAUUACGAAUUCACAGACUCCGACGAGAAUUUGCAAUAUUUUCCUGUACAGAAUACACAGAUAGUAAAACCAUACGAGUACAUAGAAUUAAGAAUUCAUAGCAAUCACGGAGAACUGGAAUACACGUGCUUAUAUAGAUUUCGUGUUCAUGGUAAACCUGCAUAAUUAUGUAAAGAUAAAAAGUAUAUAAAGUUUGAUCAUCCUUUCAUGAAACAUCUUAUACGAUCUAACGAUAUGAAGAUAGAAGGUGUGAUAGACAAUUCAAACUUGACGCGUGCCUUUUUAUAAUAAACAACCUAUUAGGAGGAAAGAAUUAGAAGAAAAAGAAAAAAACGCUUUCCACAAAUAUCAUAUUGUCUAUAUAUAUAUAUAUAUAUAAAUAUAAAAAUUAGUCUAUUGCAUUACACAAUGAGAGAACGAUUAGUCAUUAAUGAAAAUAUUUGUCAAGUAUAGUAUACAUAAAGAUAAUCAUUUUUUUAUACGUCAAAGAAUAUCUCCUCCCACGACACAAUACUACAAAGAGAAAAUUUCAAUUCGAAUGUUAUUCAUUAUUCUAAUCUUUUUCAUUUUUGUUUGUUUGUUUGCUUUUUUUUUUUUUUUAACUUUGUAUAUAGAAGUAAAAUGAAGAACGUUCCAAUUAGCUAGUAUAUAAGAAAGUAGAUCUCUCCUACUACGUGUUCAUUUGAAGAAAGAAAGAAAAAAAAAAAGAAAAAAAAAAGAAAAAAAAAAUAAUACAGAAGAAAGAAAAUGAAAAGAAAAAAAAAGAAUGUAGCACAGAUUCGUGACACGUGAGUCAAUUCUCUUAAUUAGUUUUUCUUCUCUUUCUCUGAUUCUAGUUCUUUACUUUGUAAUUAAUGAAUUUUAAAAAUGCAACACACUUCAUGAACGCAUCUAAAAAAGCCUAAUAAAUCAUAAUAUUACAUAAAAUAGAAUGAAACAAUCUCUCUAUUUCUAUUUCUAUCUAUCUAUCUAUCUAUCUAUCUAUCUAUCUAUUUAUCUAUCAACCAUCACUCUGUCUAUGUUUCUGGAAAAAGAAAAAAAAGAAAAACAUGUUUUAAAUUAAUAUAAAAAAAAAAAGUUGAAUUAUUUUUGUAAGAGAAAAUCAUAGAUAGAGCAAUUCGAACGAUUCUUACAUACCGAUGAUUUCGAAAAGAGUUUAUGUGUAAUAGCAUAAUGUUCGAAAGUUACCUAAAGCCAAGAGAGAUAUCGUAGAUUCUACAAUGGGAACGUUUAUAUGACAGUACAAACUCUACAAGAAAAUGAACAUCUAUAGAAAAGAAAAGAA